AUGGGACUGGAGGACCAGCUGGCUGGUUAUCCUAAGGGCUUGAGGUUGUUUGCGUUGACUUUUGCGUUAGUGUUGGCUAUGUUUAUGUUAUCUCUGGAGAUGACGAUUGUUUCAGCUGCAAUUCCAAAGAUCACCGAUGACUUUGGGACACUGAGCAUGGCCUCCUGGUACGCGUCGAUAUAUUUCACCUUUGCUGCCGCUUUCAAGGGUGUAUGGGGAAAAGCGCUCAGAUACUUUCCCCUGAAGCCGACGUUUCUUUUCGGUCUGUUUUUGUUUGAGAUUGGUUGCUUGAUUUGUGGACUAGCACCGAGUCCGGUAGCCAUGGUCGUCGGGCGCGCCAUCUCGGGCCUUGGGGGAGCUUGCCUCGGUACUGGCGUUUUCACUUUCAUCGGCUUCGCCGCUCCACCACGGCAACGGGCAACAUACACAGCUAUCGUAGGGACCACUUAUGGAAUUGCCAGCAUUAUUGGACCUUUGAUCGGGGGCGUUUUUACCGACCAGGCCUCUUGGCGCUGGAUCUUCUUCAUAAACCUCCCCAUUGGUGCAGUGAGUGCGAUCAUCAUAGCAUUUUACUACGUGGCGCCCAAAUCGGCGACUCCGAUUGAAGCACGCCCCAGCGAGAAGCUACGGCAUCUCGAUCUGGGCGGAGCUUUCCUUCUUCUCGGGGCCAUCGUCUGCUUCCUUCUCGCCAUGGAGUCGGGUGGCCAAUCUGCCCCCUGGAACUCGUCCCAAGUCAUCUGCCUUCUGUGUGGUUUUGGCAUCCUCCUGAUUGUCUUCGGAUAUGUGGAAUACCUCCAAGGAGAGAAGCCCAUGAUCAUACUCCGGCUGCUCAAGGACCGCUGCAUCUACAUCUCAUGCAUUGUCUCCUUCUUUUUCGCGGGCGCUUUCUACACGCUCAUUUACUACCUGCCGCUGUACUUCCAGACUGUGUCUGGAGUCAGUGCCACUGAUUCGGGCCUUCGCACUUUACCCCUGAUUAUUUCUCUGACCAUAUCUACUGUUGUUGGUGGUAUCUUUGUCAGCAAAACAAGACUUUCGACGCAGGUGCUCAUCGUUGGAAUGAUUUUGAUGACCACCGGUUGCGGGCUUUUAUACACCCUCGACGCAGAAACUGUAUUUGGCAAUUGGAUCGGCUAUCAAGUCCUCACGGGUAUCGGAGCCGGGCUUGCAGUCCAGAUGCCCGUCAUUGCAUCCGCGGCUGCCGUCGGGAACGUAGACAUGUCGGUGAGCGGCAUGGUUCUCAUGUUCCAAACCCUGGGAGGCGCCAUUUUCAUCAGCGCUGCGCAGUCGGCAUUCGUGAACACUCUCAUUCACAGAGUGACGGACUCGGUCCCUGGCGUUGAUCCUCAGCAGGUGGUCAAUAUGGGCGUCACGCAGAUUCGAGAGGCAUUCCCAGCCGAACAGGCUAAUGGUAUCAUUGCCGCCUAUACGGCUGGGUGGCGGGUUGGUGUCGUGAUUGCUAUUGUUGGGUCCGCUUGUGCAACCGUUGCGAGUUUUGGCAACAGGUGGCAUCGAAUCGGGAGAUGGGCGAGUGGAAGCUAG